GCUGAACUCAAGGUCAAGUCCUUGUUUGGUUAUACCAAGCUGAGAGAUAACACUGUUUCUGUGGGAAAACUUGAUCUAUUCUACAGCACGGUAUUUAUGAAUUAUAAUGUUGCACAAGGCAGACGUUGAAUGGAAUGGGUCAGUAGUAAACCCAUUUAUAGCACAGGUGAGCUUUGGAAUGGAGACCCAGGUUGGCAUUUUGUUGGUGCUCUUACAUUGAUCAUUGGGCCUGGUCACUUUUCUGGCCCCAGGGGCUGGUGCCUUUGCUUCCUGAACAGUAAAGAGUAUAUAGACGUCUAUUUUUUUCUCCCCAAAGUCUCUGCAAGGAGCAUAGACUUCUAAGGCCCAGGUUGCUAGCAGCCUCCUACCAGGAGCUAAAUAAAUCAUUUGGCAGCCAAGCAGAACCCAGGGCAGUGUGGACAUAAAGGUCCCUAUUUAGGCUCCAUAGGAGGGGCCCUCUGAAUCUUGGGCCUACCACUCUGCCAACCCUCCACCUCCACGAGGUUUCAUGAGCCCCUGCUAGCAUGCUCACCACCAGGGCUAUAGCAAUAGCCUUGGUACCCCUGGGGCCCAGGCCGUGGUGGUUGAGGUUCACGUAGGACUCCUCCAUGUUCCGAAUGAAGUAGGAGACAGGCACUACACCCACCAGUUUGCAGGCCUCCAGGUACAGCUCCUUUUGUCCAGUGGUGAAAAAUUUCUCAUUAUCUGCAGAGAAAGAUGGGCUGAAGUAGGAUUUCUCUUCCACCUUUGCCUUCUCUCCCCUCUAGCCCCAGGUCACAUUCACUCAUGCCUAGACUGUCCUCUGCCAGAGGAUCUCUCCCUGUGGGUAUGUGCUAAGAAGCCAGCUCCUGUCUGGGACAUCAGUCCAUGGUGGGAGAGGGAGACUCUAACUCCAGAAAGUCCCAGAUGAAUGUUUUCCUUUGGGUAGGAGAUGAGGUCCAUGGUUUUAGGCCAGAAGCUUUCCUAGAAGUGAGCAGUGUGCUUCACCCCACCUGCCCAGGUUGGCCACAUCCAGUGACUGGUCAAGGACAUAGAAGGCCCAAGCCCUCUUACCCACCUUUGGACAACUCUGAAAGGUUAAAAGCAGAUGACUUUUGAUGGCUGAUGGAGUCUCCAUUUCACUUUUAAUUUCACCACCACUAUCACAAGGUUGUGAGUCAUGAAAAAAGCUUCACCAAAGACUAAUAGAGGCACCGACAUUUAAAAAGCCCAACUAGGACAGGGUGGACCUCUCAAAAUGGCAAACCAGUGAAUAUGGAAAGACCUCCACAUCAGCGAGAAAUAAGCACGCUUGCAUAUGAAUGGUCUUUCUUCUUUCAAAAGUUUGCAUGUCAUUUUCCUUAUAAAAAGGACUGUCAUCCUUGCUUUAUCGACGACAAACCUAGCCUCAAAUAACGCACAGUUGGUCAGUGCUAAAACCAGCUAGCAGAAGUAGGGACUGCACCUUUCCAUUCUAACCCCUGGGGGCGUUUAUUCCUUAGGCUUUAGGCCAGCCUGGCCCGUGGUCACUGGGCAUCAGGCCUCCCUGGAUUCUGGGUGCCCCACAGCUGUGUCCUCAUUAGGCAAGUCCAGCCUAUGGCAGGGCUUCCUGGAGCCAGCUGGCCUCUAUGUCUGCAUCUGUUUUUCCUUUGGAUCCCAGGGCCUUUGGCCAACCCCCUCCCCGCCCAAACAAUCUAAGGCUGACAAUGGGAACUUUGUUGGUAAAAGGACAAGUGCUUUACAGGGAAGCUGAUUUUGCAAGCACAACUACAAAGCAGACUUCUUUUUGGGAUGCUUGUACAGCAGCACUUCUCAACCUCAGCACUGCAGGUAUUUUGGGGUGGAUAAUUCUGUUCUGAGGGCUGUCCUGUACAUAGUAGGGUGUUUAGUAGGAUCCCUGGCAUGGAACCACAAGAUGCCAGUAGCAACCGCCUACCCCCUAGUUUGCCCAAUGUCCCCUUGGUGCAAAAUUGCUUCCAGGUGGGAACCACUGUUGUGGAGAAAAACAGCUCAUGGCAUGUGAGCAAACCAGGCUCGUCUCCCCCUCUUCUCUAGACUCACAGCCAGCACUGCUCCCAGCUGGCCCAUUUCCCGUGCCUUCCCUGCUCAUUCCCAGUGUCUCAGCAACCACAGCAGGGGCACCAGGAGCCAGGGCUGCUGAGCCCCGAGUUUCCCUUCAGGACAGAGUUUUUGGUGCCAAAUUCAGCCAUUAGAGGUUCCUGUUGGCCAAAGCAGGGAAGGUAACCCCCAGUUUUGUCCCUGGGACUAAUUCUGCUGGGUUUGAUGCUGACCCUUUCUAGCUGUGUUCCCUAUUGUUAUGUUUUAUGGGCAGCUAGAGACAGUGUUAGCACUUGCUGCAGUCAGGGGAAGAGGUAGGGGGAAUGAAAUAGAAACAGGACCCUUUGGCCAAACAUCCAGUGUUGUCCUUUGCUACCUUCUCCAACCAGGUGAAUGAAGUUGGGUGUUGGAAGCUACGUUAGCAACAGACUUGAAGUGGACAAGAAGCCAGAAAAAGAGCAACAAGCUGCCUGGGGGACAGUGGGGAGGAGGUCUGCAUGGAAGGGUGAAGAUGUAUGUUGACCAUGGUGGAGAGGAUUAUAAACGGACUUGAUGCAGAUGAACUUCACAGUUUAAUUUGGCAGAAUUGGCCUUCCUCCAUCUCUGCUGCCUGUGAAUCACUGCCCAGCAGCCAGCUGCAAGGCCACAGGAGAGAAAGGGUGACUGGACUAGCCUUGGCCUGGGAAGUUUGAGGCUGGCCCUGUCAGAUGGAACCAGUGUCAUUCUCCCCUUGCUUAACAAGUGUUCUCUUUUGAUGCUUCCCUUCUUGGGGAAACUGGGAGGAGAGAGGGUGGAGGUGUUGUUUGCAUUAACAGAGUCUUUGUUUCAGCUCAGCCGGUCCCCAUACCCAGGCAUGCUUAGAUUUAUCAAGAAAAGUAGGGGAAACCAGAGCUCUAAGGUGAGUAUGGGAAAGUCACUGGGAUGCAAGAUAGGCCACAGAGACACUCCAGGGGCCUGGGAUAUGGAAUACAGAAGGCAGGACCAUCAGAGUGAGUCAAACACGGGAUCAGCCAAUAUGCUGGGCAAACUCCCAUUGUCCCUGGGCAAUGCCUAUGAUCUCUUUAAGGCCCAGUUCUUCUUCUGUUAAAAGUGGGCAAUGAUGUCUACCUUCUAGGACUAUUGCAAAGAUUGCAUAGGAUGCCCAUGUGGAAAUAUUUAGAUCAGAAAACCCUGUUUGUGUAUUGAUUCAGUUUUUAACAAGCUGACGUGAGGGUACUGCUCCUGACGCAGGUGAAAAGCGUGGGAAGCUGAAGCUGCUGUCCCCGGGCAGCCUGGAGGAGGACUCCAGGCAAAAUCGAGCACAGGCCUUUCUGCCACAUUUCCUCUACAGGCCGUCCGCAGGGCAGACUCUGGAGUGAGAUGACAGCUCCUGGAAACCAGAUUUCUCCAGCUUCUGAGGAGAAGCUGCCCUGACCGCCCCCAAAUGCCCAUGCUCACCUUCAAUCUCCAGGUCUGUUUCCGAAUUCUCCCGGGCUGGUUUCACUUUUUCUACAGUUGGCGGGGGUUCGGCCUCACAGUAGAGCGUUUUAUCGCUGCUCUGUGGUACUAGCUCAGUUUCAGUCUCAUCUGGAAGAAAAAAACUCAUCUCCUUGAUGCCAGGAAUAAAACCUGCUGGCCUCUCCAGUAAAGCCUGCCGCUACCACCCCUCUGUCUCUGCUCCCUUCCUCUGAGCCCCAGGUCCUCAAGGUGCCAAGCCCUGCCAGGGCAAGUCCGCUCUACAAACCUGCCUUCCCCAUUAGCGCUGCCUCUGACUGCUGGGUCCAUGGGGGCUUGUGAAACCAACUCCCUUCUGCUCCCUGGAGACUGGCUGCUCCUGCCCGCUUCCCUGUCUGAGGCCUGCCUUGGAGAUCAGCUCCUUGCUCACACUUUCCCCUUCUUAUGUGUUUGGGUGGGUUUUGAGGUGUGCUGGCACUCUUUCGGGUGAAAGGUUGGGUCCCGAUACAUAGGCUUCCUUAUUGUCAGGCACAAAUGGUGCCAGGGAGUAUAAGGGGCAGUGCGGGCCAGCGCAGGUGGCAACUUAGGUCAAAUAGAAAAUAAAAUGGACCAGGAGCAGUUCCAGAGAGCAAGAGAAGGAAGGGUGACUGGGUUAGCUUUGGCCUGGGAAGUUUGAGGCUGGCCCUGUCAGAUGGAACCAGUGUCAUUCUCCCCUUGCUUCACAAGUGAUCCUUUUGAUGCUUCCCUUCUUGGGGAAACUGGGAGGACAGAGGGUGAAGGUGUUGUUUGCAUUAACAGAGUCUUUGUUUCAACUCAGCCAGUCCCGAUACCCAGGCAUGGGUAAGAAUUUGACUUACCUUCUCUUCCUUCCAAUCUAACAUUGAUUUGUGAUCAGGAAAGGAGGGGCUUGAAAAUCUCCCUUGGGUUGAAAUGAAUUACUAUGAUUAAUUCAUAGUGAUGAAUUAAUCAUAUUACUGGGAACAGAGCUUCCCUCACACCAGUCCGCUACACUUGCUAGAUGUGGUUUUACCACCUCUGGGCCAUUGACCUGGGAUCAGCCAUAGGCUUGUGGAAGCCACACAUAAAAUCCAGAGCUCAAUUCUCAGGCAUCAGCAGGACUCAGUAGUUUCAAGAAGCCACACUAUGCCUCUGAAUGACGUGUCAGAAUUUAGCCAACCCACUCAUUGGGUAGGCUGAGCGUUUGUGGCAGGGGUCGCAAGUUUUGACCACCCAGAUUCUAGGAUGGUGGGGUUCCUAAUGAGUCCAUGUUCUUUCUUAAUCCUUGUCCAUAGACCCAGGUUCCAACAUUUAUCUCCCAGCCUGUCUGGGAUACACAGUGCAGGUAGCAGUAGCCUGGUAGUUAGAAGACAGACAGCAGCUUGGCUGCCAAACUGCUGAGUGCCUUAGAAAAGUGAUGAAUUUCUAAGUCUUAAUUUCCUUGUCAAACAAUUUAGAAUUCCAUACAACCAGUAGGAUGCUGGUAAAUAUUUAACAAUUGAUUCUCCAGGAAAAAAAAAAAAACACCAAAAAUAUCCUGAUUUAUAGUGUUAGCCAAUUCAUGUGGUGUAAAUAUUCCCAAUGUGGCUGAUUUCAAACUAUAAAUAUGGUAUCAACCAGCCCACACAAUACAAAUUAAAGCUGGCUGGAGCCAGUAUGACAUAAUUCUAGCAUAGCACUGUAGCCAACUCUUCCUGUUUGCCAAGCCCUGAACCCAAGUCAGUAUAACACAUCAUCCCACUUCUAGAGGGUCCCAGGUGAGGAAAGAAGUGGGCUUCAGGGUCCUGUGAUCACUAGGUGUUGUACUGAGGCAGCGGGGAUGGGCCUGAGUGGUGAGAGAUGGGAUGCCCUUUCACCUUCUGUCUCAGGCUGAAGAGGCUUGUCAUUGUCCAUGGUGCCAGGACCCUCUUGAGGGCAGCUGCCAACUUCUUGCCACCUCUUGACUGCUUCCCUAAGAAGCACACCUGUCCAUUCGCCUCUGUCUCAAACUUUGUGAACUUCUCUCAUGAGGGGGCAUCCCAGGGGAGCCUGCAGUUAUCCUUCCCUCCCAGCAAGCCCUGGGAAGAGUGGGCUUUGAUGGAAAUUGGAUGUGCAUGAAUUUGACCCCAACUCUGUCUGGGAGAGGUAGCUACUUCUCCAGCUCAUCCGGGAGAGUGGGACUGCUCUAUUGCUGGGACCCCUGUCAAAAGGAUGCCCACCCCCCUGUGACUUUGUGACUCAGGAGCCACUUUCAUUUCAUCUUCAACAUUCCGUGACCUCAUGCAGUCAUUGUGAUUCACAUGGUGGACCUGGCAACAGCAGGCCUCCCGCCUUCUGGCAGGCACCUGUUCUCAUAUGUCCACUGGGGCCAAGCCCAGGCUUGGCUGUGAGUGCUCAGGUGCUGUGCGGAGGGCCUCUCAGUGGUGUUGUAUUUCCCUCUGAGUCAGGACCCAACCCAAGCCCCUUAAUUAGGGGACUGUGAAGAGCCGCCAUCAUGUUCUUCUCGCAAGAGAGCUGUGCUUCAGCCUUUCAGUGUUAUGAUGUACCCAGCUGGUCCAGGAUCUGGUGACUCCCCAGAAGGCUUCCCUGAACAACCAAGUCUCCAGCCACAAAUUGGAAAUCGCACAACUCAGACACUGGAUGCUUUCUUUACAUGUCGAAAAAAUGUCCUUCUGGCAAAGAGCUCAUCCUCCCAGGUAGAAGGUGACUUUGCCAUGGCCCCUCGGGGCCCUGAGCAGGAGGAAUGUGAGGGCCUGCUGCAGCAGUGGCGAGAAGAAGGGUCGAGCCAGGUACUCUCAACUGCAAGUGAGGGGCCCCUUGUAGAUAAAGGACUAGCCCAGAGCAGCCUGGCACUUCUGAUGGAUAAUCCUGGAGAAGAGAAUGCUGCUUCAGAGGACAAGUGGUCCAGCAGGCAGCUGAGUGACCUUCGGGCAGCAGAGAACCUGGACGAGCCUUUCCCUGAGAUGCUAGGAGAGGAACCACUGCCGGAGGUGGAGGGCCCUAUGUGGGCAGCUAUCCCCAUGCAGACGGACCCCCAGUAUGCAGACUGUGCUGUCCUCCCAGUGGGUGCCCUGGCCACAGAGCAGUGGGAAGAGGACCCGGCGGUGUUGGCCUGGAGCAUAGCACCUGAGCCUGUGCCCCAGGAAGAGGCUCCCAUCUGGUCCUUUGAGGGCAUGGGGCAGUUGCAGCCUCCCCCAAUGGAAAUACCGUAUCAUGAAAUUUUGUGGCGAGAAUGGGAGGAUUUCUCCACCCAGCCAGAUGCUCAGGGCCUGAAGCCAGGAGAUGGCCCUCAGUUCCAGUUCACUCUGAUGUCUUAUAACAUCCUGGCUCAGGACCUGAUGCAGCAGAGCUCAGAGCUCUAUCUACAUUGCCAUCCGGACAUCCUCAAUUGGAACUAUCGCUUCAUGAACCUCAUGCAGGAAUUCCAGCACUGGGACCCCGAUAUCCUGUGUCUCCAGGAAGUCCAGGAAGAUCAUUACUGGGAGCAGCUGGAACCCUCUCUGCGAAUGAUGGGCUUUACCUGUUUCUACAAGAGGAGGACCGGGUGUAAAACCGAUGGCUGUGCUGUUUGCUACAAGCCCACCAGAUUCCGCCUGCUUUGUGCCAGCCCUGUGGAGUACUUCCGGCCUGGCUUGGAGCUACUUAAUCGGGAUAAUGUGGGCUUAGUGUUGCUACUGCAACCACUCGUCCCAGAAGGCCUGGGGCAAGUCUCGGUGGCCCCGCUGUGUGUGGCAAAUACCCAUAUCCUUUACAACCCACGCCGGGGUGAUGUCAAGCUGGCCCAGAUGGCCAUUCUCCUGGCAGAAGUGGACAAGGUGGCCAGAUUGUCAGAUGGCAGCCACUGCCCCAUCAUCUUGUGCGGGGACCUAAAUUCUGUCCCUGAUUCACCUCUCUACAACUUCAUCAGGGAUGGAGAGCUCCAGUACCAUGGGAUGCCAGCCUGGAAGGUAUCUGGACAGGAAGACUUCUCUCAUCAGCUUUACCAGAGGAAGCUGCAGGCCCCCCUGUGGCCCAGCUCCCUGGGCAUCACUGAUUGCUGUCAGUAUGUCUCCUCCUGUCACCCCAAGAGAUCAGAGAGACGCAAGUAUGGUCGAGACUUCCUGCUACGUUUCCGCUUCUGCGGCAUCGCUUGUCAGCGACCAGUAGGAUUGGUCCUCAUGGAAGGGGUGACAGAUACUAAGCCAGAGCGACCUGCAGGUUGGGCUGAGUCUGUCUUUGAGGAAGACACAUCGGAGCUUGAGCCUGCCUCCUCCAGGACUGUAGGUACCAUCCAGCACUGCCUCCACCUGACCUCAGUAUAUACCCACUUCCUGCCCCAGCGUGGCCGCCCAGAGGUCACUACAAUGCCAUUGGGUCUUGGAAUGACAGUAGAUUACAUCUUCUUCUCAGCUGAGUCCUGCGAAAAUGGGAACAGAACUGAUCACAGGCUGUAUCGAGAUGGAACUCUCAAGCUCCUGGGUCGUCUCUCCCUUCUCUCUGAAGAGAUUCUCUGGGCUGCCAAUGGCUUACCCAACCCCUUCUGCUCUUCAGACCACCUCUGCCUGCUAGCCAGCUUCGGGAUGGAAGUCACCGCUCCAUGACGGGGCUCCCAGGGGAAGAGAGCUUCUCUUUCAGAAGAGCUCACUGGAUCAGAGACUGUGGAAAAAUCCCAUGCUUCUGGAAACUUAGAUCCAAGAAACUUACAUCCCCUCCCUUCCCCCUCCUUGUUCCCUUUUUCCCAUGGUUAGAUUUUCUCCAGGCCUGGCCGCGUUCUCUGCCUGUGGUCCUUGCCUCACCCCAACCUCUUCCUAAUCCUGUGCCACACACUCAGUGGCCUUGGGAGAGGCAGAAGGGGGGCUCCCCCUUCCUUCCAUGUAUCCAGAGCUCCCCCUUGAUUUUUAAUUACCAGGGUUGUGGGAGUUAUUGAUUUCAUUGGUUAUUUGCUUUCAGGCUGUUUCUUGGUGUACCUUCUGACCUGACCUUUUCCCUGCCUUCAGGACCUCUGGGCCCAGCCCUCUUGCCAGGCAUGCACAUGUGAGAUAUGCAUAUCAUGUAUGUGUCCUCUUGGGGUGAGACUGUUCUGCACAGCCAUGCCUGCCUCUGACCAGUCCACUUUUCACAUUGGGGCUGUAGGCCUAGGAGCAGGUUCAGAGUCUUCCCAAGUACCUGUGUAUGACUAGACAGCAGCAGGGCAUGGCCCCAUCUCUCCUUUUAGCCUCUGUGUUUCAUUAGGCAUUCAUCCUGCCAACCAGGGCAGGCCCGGCAUCUGGGCUCUGGGAACAAAUGGGGCCCACAUCCUGGAGUGGCAAAUUUUGGGGGAUGCGCUACUUGUCCCAGCGGGCUCUGUGCCUCCAACCCAGAGCUCCCUACAGACCUGGUGUAAUUUCUCAAGGGCCCAUCCCUUUCCCCAGGCUUCCCUGAGGGAGGUGGAAGUUUGAACCCUUAUGUGGAGUUCAUUGGGCUAGGGUAGUGGUAUGAGGUUUAAAACUAUUUAAGGAUGAGGAGGAGAAAGAGUCUUCAGGAAACUCUUGUUUCACUGGACUCUGCAGUCUGCAGAACUGGGGCAAGGGUAGGAGUUCCAGUAGGGGAAGGAGCAGGUAGACUCUGCAGCUGCCUCAGGUGGGACUCAAGACCUAAACUGAUUCUCUUUUCCUCUCCACUUCUAAGAAGCAAUUUUCUGUUCCUCUCCUCCCACCACUUUUUACUUUCUGCUACCUCCCGUCUCCCGCUUCCCUUCCAUUUCCUUUCUAGAAAACCCUGGUAUUCAACUCAGUCCAAACUGCCUCAGCAGAAAGGUGGCCUUGGACAAAACUGGUCCAAGAAUUUGAAGUGGCAGUGUUUGCAGAUUGGCUCUGUCCAGCAAGGCUUUAGCUGCUUGUUGCCUCUGCUUUCCCUCCCCUCACACAGAGGUGCCCUGGCUUAUUCAGGGGACUCCUUAGUCCACACUGUGUCACCUGCAUGCCUUAAUCUUUCAUUGCUGGGGUGUGGCCUUGGGAGAUCCUGGGCCAGCCCCUCCACACAUCUCCCUAAGUCAGAGUGGCUGCUGGCCCUGGUAGAUUUGAGUGCUUUUGCCUCACUCGACCUUCAGAGUGGGACUGAAGACAGUGGCCAAGAGACUUGAGUUUGGGACAGUGAGCCAGGGGUUAAGGUUCUUUCCUUUUUUUGAAAGCCAAAGACCCAGUUUGAAUUGUGCUGCUGCAUUCAUGGUUAGAAGCUUUCCAUGCCUAUGUUCUAGGGAAUUUAUUUUUCUAUGUGUGUAUAUUUUUAAACUUUGUUUCCUGGGUACUGGGCAUGUGCCUGUCUGAGCCCCAGGUCUGUCUACACCCCACCAUUCAUUCUGUCUGUCCGUCCCCUGGACACUGCCUAAAAGGGUCUCAAGCAAGUGCCCUAUGGGUUCCUAGGACUAGGGCCCGUUACUGUUCUCUUCUGCUGGGAAAUGCAGCUUUAAAAUGGCUAGCGAGGGCAGAGGGCAGGUGCUUGAUAGUUUAUCUUUUCCUUUCUUUCUUACUUGUUUCUGUUUUGAAUAUGAAAUGGGGUUUUAAAUGGUUAUUAAACUCUUUUUCCAAAUAAAGGUUUACCUUUUUUUCCCCCCA